UUAAAUAGCAUUUUGCGAUAUAUACAUAACAGGUUUAUUUUAUUUGUCGAGAAGCUCUUGUGGAGUACAUAAAUAUAUGUACACACUACACAGUACAUAUACUCCUAUUGGCAUCCAAUCCCAUGGAGGCAGAAAAGGAGAGUAGUCUGACCACGCCUGGCCGUCAUGGGCCGUCAUGGGUGACCUUGAAGAAUCAUCACGCCCGCCUCUACCCCAUAUUAAUGUACGAUCGCGCAACAAAGCUCCAUUGGUUGGCAGCAACCGCCAACUACUAAAGAAAGAAAUGGAAAAAGAGGAAAUCGCGCGGCUUAGCGCACGUUCGUUUUCCGCUUGAGACAAGGCGACGCCUUCUUCGAAGGUGCGCUAAGAAAGCGCAAAAGAGAGGUCGGAGCUGGAGCUGGAGCCGGAACCGGAGUCGGAGCCGGAGCCGGAGAACUGAGAAGGGAGGUAGAAGUAGAAGUAGAGGUAAGGAGAUUCACGGUCGAGGGAAUGAGGGAUUUCUUGCUCCUAUAUAAGAGGUCGGACGUCGUAUUUUGGAGUAUUAUCGUACUGACUGCUAGCCAGACAUAUACGAGCUCCAAGAUGUUCAAACUGUUGUGCUUGUUUGCCGUUUUGGCAUUUGCCGCGGCUGCGCCCGCCCCAGAGCCCGCACCCGCACCCGCACCCGCACCAGCACCAGCACCAGCACCCGGCGCGAUCAUCGGCGCCCCGCUUGUGACAUCCUACAGUGCUCCCAUCGUUUCCGCGCCGUUAGCUUACAGCGCGUACAGCCUACCGACUUACAGCGCGUAUUCAGCAAUCCCGGCCUUACCGUACGCGUAUAAGAGUUAUGCAGCCUACGUGGCCUAAUCGUCUAAAUAUCCACCAGGAGGACCAGGCAUCGGAGAUUAAGGACCACGUUCCAUGGACACACACAUGGAUCCACAAAUUGACCGAUCAACAUCCACGAAAUCUUUUCCAAAAGAUUUUUUCAACCGCGGAUUUGUUUCUCCGCGGUUCGUUCUCUUUAUCCCCUUAACUCAUUCGUUCGAAUAACUCUGCCCUCGCAUUUCAUUAGAUCCAGAAUCAAUAAAGCCGCUUAAAAGCACGUGUGUAU